GCAGAAACAGAUCAGAGUUUGUAUUAUUUUCUACCUGUAAUAAUAUCAUAAAUGUGGUGUGAGGUAGCGAUCCGGCCCGCAGCAUGAUGCUGCCGGUUGGCUCUGCAGAGUAAAGCUCCCUGGAGGUAAACAUCUCUGAAGCACAGUGUGUGUUUCAGCUGAAUUGGUGUUUCCGUGUGUGAGCAGAGCGGGGCAGUGUGUGUGUGGGAGAAGUGUGUCGCUGUGUCACCUGGCACAGCAGCUCCUCACCACUUCCUGUCCCGUUUCAUCACCGCGCUGCAGAGGAAGACGCCUCACUUCGCUGCUGCCGCUGCACGACUCAGAGCGCUCUGAACAACCUGCAACUACUGGGGAMACUGGUCUGAGAUGGAGCUCCAGAACCGGGCACUGGGCCUGCUGGUCGUCGCCUCGCUGCUGCCCUCCGCAGAGGCGCUGAACAUCUCUGACCCUCAGCUCUGCUACAUCCUGGACGGUUUCCUGGGCCUCUACGGCCUCAUCAUCACCGGCAUGUUCAUCAAGGAGAAGUUCUUCAGAACCAAAGUGAAGGGCUCAGACGACGGCGCCUACGCUUCUCUGGGCAGACCGACCAACGACACCUACGAGGCGCUGAUGACCGACCCGGAGCGAGGACGGAACCGCAGAGUGCCGGAUGAYUCCACCUACACGGGCCUGCAGAAACGAUCAGAACCGACGUAUAAAGAGCUUCCUGUGAAGAGAGAGCGUCAGCGGAAGAACGAGCAGGUUUACCAGGGUCUGAGCUCGGCCACCAAAGACACCUACGACUCCCUGCAGAUGCAGCCGCUUCCUGCCCGCUAACGACCCACCGAACGGACCGGUUCUGAAGAAUCCUGCAGAUCAGCACCAAGUUUUACUCUGAUUGGAGACGAACAGCCCCGUAACAUCUGGGAAAUUUAACACUUUCCCUACCAAAUAUGGAGCUUUAAAAUUCAGAAAUAUAACAGUUUUUUUAUUUAGAGCUCAUAAAUAUGAAAAAUAGUUUUAAAUAGUUUAAAGGGAAAUCAAUAUUUCCACAUUUUAAUUAGCUUUUGAUGCAGAGAAAGUGAGAAGUUUCAUUGUUGUGUAAAUAUUUGUAUGAGGAUGUAAAAUAGGAGAAAAGAGAAAACCUGAUAAAGUAGUUUUUGUGUUUCUGCUUCUAAAGUCUGUGUGAAGUACGGAGAACCUGAAGUCAGUUUAAA